AUGUCGGCCAGUUUAUUAGCUUCUGCUUCGACUGUCGUCAAAGUUUGGGAUAUAUCAACAAACGCGGGAAGUACGAAACUCAAUGGAAAUGUUAAUUCAACGGUUAUACCAGAACAGUUGUUCGGAGUUGAAUUAGCUUCCUUUGCUCCAGAAAGUUCGUCAACCGUUGUCAAUGCAGUACGUUGGAAUCAUGACAAUCAACAAUUGGCCGUCGUGGGAAAUAAGGGGGCACUUACAAUACAUGAUUCACGAGGAACAUUAUUAGAGACUAUACCGUUUAAUGAUGAUACAUCGGAAACUCCGAAUAUUAGUGCCAUUCAUUUCGCAAAUAAAUCAAGAUACGUGUUAUACGGUGGAUCAGAUAAAGUUGUGAAUAUUUGGGAUCGUAAAUAUUCAACGUUUACUGAUGCUUUGAAGGGACAUCGUAGUAAUAUCACAUGUAUAGAUUUGAAUAUUGAUGAGACCAUUGUGGCUAGUUCUAAUUCAGGAGGAAAUAUCCUUGUGCAUAAUCGUCAGAAAUCCAAUGCGUGGGAUAGUUUAACAGUUCCUACAAAACAACCAAUAAACGUUUUAGCAUACUCUUUUUUUAAACGAGGAUUGUUGGCUGCUGGAGGAAAAGAUGGAUCAUUACGAUUAUGGGAUACUAGUACUUCUACUACAGCUUUACAGACAUUUGAAAAUGCACAUCAUUCUGAAAUUAAAGGGAUGGCCUUUUCACCUUCUAAUUCACAAUUAUUAUGUAGCGUUGGUUUAGAUACACACAUUGUUUUUUAUGAUGUUGGCAAAAAAUCAACCUUGAAAGUCAUACAUACAGAUUCUCCAUUGACGGCAUUAGGUUUCAAGGCUGAUGGUUUAACUAUAGUUGCGGGUACACAGCAAGGUAGAAUAUUAGUAUAUGACUUGCGAUCAACUAGCAAACCUACGUGCACCUUAUUUGUUCACGAAUCACGUCCAAUUAGAUGCUUACAUUUUCAAGAGAAGGACCGAUCACCAGAAGCACGCCCAACAACAACUAAACGACCCAGUCACAAUCGAACAUCAUCUAAAGGAACUAUUUUUCCUAUUUUAUCCACUAAGGUUUCUAAAACUUCACAUCCAUCAUCAACUCCGUCAUCAACUCCAUCAUCAACUCCAUCAACUCCAUCAACUCCGAGUGCAGGUGAAGUGAAGGAAAAAAAUUUGAUGGAAAUGUUUUCUCCCGUGAAAGAUAUGAAAGAUGAUCUUAUGGAAGAUGUCAUAUAUAAUGUUAAGCCUAAAGAAGAAUUUAUUCCGGUGAUUUCGAAUAAGGAAAAGUUAAAAACCAAAGAUAAGCGAAUCUCAUCACUGGAUACAAUGAUGGAAAGUAAAUUGACUACUAACACAAGUUCAGCUAAUGUCACUAAUGAACGAAAGUUAGAAAGUCCGUCACUUGUGAUUUCUAAAGAGAAUAAAAGGCCAAUGACAAUAUUUACGAACGUUUCAGAUACAAUUAAAGAAAAACAACAGAAAUUUACGCAAGAUAAUGGUAUUACGAAUCAUUUCGCUAAAAUGAUUACAAAUGAUACAGAUGACACGAAUGACACGAAAAUAUAUGAAGAAAAAGUGGAAAAAAUGCAAGAAGAUAAUAAAAGAGAUUUUAUAAGCAAUAAUUUAUCCAACAAUGGAUUAUUGAGCGUUGGAACAAUGGACGAAUUGAAAACAAAGAUUGUUUCCAAAGUUAAAGAAACGAUCGGAGCUAACAAAUUGUCUAUGAUAAACGGUGAAUCAGAUUUAUCAAUUUUAUCAAAUAGUUAUACCAAUCCAAAGAAAGUUGUUUCAUUUAUGAAUAAUGAAGUUGUAACAGAAAAUCAAGAAAUAGUAACAACUGAUGAGGUGAGAUUUGCCGCAAAUCCGAAAAAACCAUUAACAAAGCUUCAGCUCAACGAAGAUAAUGAAGAUAAUGAAGAUAAUAGAGAUGAGGUUGAAAACAUUAACAAUACAACAGAUACGGCAACAAACUUUCAGCUUCAGGUUAUUGGGAAUGUAGUUGAUGAAUGUUUACAAGAAUUUCGUAUAUCGUUACGAAAUGAUAUACAGAACAUGCACUUGGAGUUAUUGCGUCAAUUUCAUAUACAAAAGACGGAGAUGGAAAUGAUGUUCCUAAAAUAUUGUGGGGAGACAAUGUCAUUACGUGAAGAAAUUGAAAAACUUCGAGAAGAAAAUCAAAGAUUAAAGAUGAAACUAUAA